AUGGAUGUAACUAUUAAACGCGCGCUAGUCGAUCCUUACGUGGUAGAUACAGUUGCAAUGCGUUUUCGUGUCUGCGACAGACACGCGUCACGAUCGUCUCGUCGUCGUCACCGUGCGAAUACUGACGAAGACGGCUGUGGCGGUGGCGGGCGCGUCUGGUCGGUAGGAGGGCCGCUGGAUUAUGUUGGUCGCGCCCCGGACGUGCUCAUUGGUUGCGUGGUUGCGCGCGCGUCCCGUCACCGCGGCGGCCGACGUAGAGUCUUUGUCGCCGACGACUCUGCACUCUGCAGCCGCGAGCGUCGAGCCCGAAAACGACUGCAAUAUGGUUAUAGUGGUUAG